CAUGAACUUUUUCUGAACCGGUUGGGAAGCUUGAAUUGAGAACAGGCUAAGUUCGUGUGAAAUCAAUAAUCUGGACGGGGAAACUUCAGUGCAGGCGUGGACUAACAUGGUGGCAUCUGCACCCUCAUCUGUCGCGUCCUCUCUCGUCCCGCAAGUGGACAAAUGGCCCUUCUGGAUCGGAAUUGGACUCACAACUGUGACUGGGCUUGCAAUUGCCAGGCGCUACUUUCUGGGAGGCGUGUGUCACUCCAAAGUCAGUCUGGUGGGCAAGACAGCUCUCGUCACAGGCGCCAAUUGUGGCCUCGGAUAUGAGACAGCCAAGGACUUCGCCAAACGAGGUGCUCGUGUCAUUUUGGCGUGUCGAAAUACACAACUGGGCAAAGAAGCAGCCGAUAAAAUAGUGAAAGCGACUCAGAAUGCCAAUGUGCAGGUUAUGCAUCUGGAUCUAGCCAGUUUGCAGUCUGUGCGAAACUUCUCCGAUGCCUUCCUUCAGAGCGAACACGAUCUUCACAUCCUCGUCAAUAAUGCAGGUGUAAUGGCGUGUCCGAAGAAUACCACAGUAGAUGGGUUCGAGUACCAACUGGGUGUGAAUCACCUAGGCCACUUUUUGCUCACCAAUCUCCUGCUGGACAAAGUCAAGCAGUCUCAGCCUAGCAGAAUUGUCAAUGUGUCAUCUAAGGCGGGAGUUCGAGAGAAGGCAAAUAUUCACUUUGACGAUAUCCACCUGGACAGAGAGUACAUGCCCUGGACGGCAUAUGGCCAGAGUAAACUAGCAAAUAUCCUAUUCACAGUGGAACUGGCCAAGCGACUCAAAGGCAGUGGCGUGACCGUGAACUGUUGUCAUCCGGGAGUGGUGACUACCAACCUGGGCAGACACAUGCACUUCCCACUCUGGAAGAAGGUGUUGCUGGCACCCCUGAUUCUGCUCAUGAUGAAGACUCCCUACUACGGGGCACAGACCCAGAUAUACAUCUCUGUCUCUCCCCAAGUGGAAAACGUGUCCGGAUUCUACUUUGCUGACUGCAGAGCCUUAACGGAUAUUCCUGCUAAAUGUACCGACGAAGGUGAUUCAUUGAAACUGUGGAACUUGAGUGAAGAGCUCGUAGGGUUCUCUGCUGCCAACAGUGGGGAAAACUAAAUUGAUUGACCAAACCAUAAACCAAACAAUUAAAGAUGGACUGACCUAACUUGAAAAUUGCAUAAUUCACAUUUGGAAACUGAAUGAACUGAUCUAAUAUAUGGCUUAGUUUUAAGCUUAAAUGAUUUACUGAUGGGUUUUAAAGUAUCUCUUGUGCUAUAUUUCAUUGUAAGUAAUUGGGUGUUAUUUAUUUUUUCAUCGUUCUCAAUUCAAUUUUCACGCUUGCGAUUGGCAAGUGGUAUGAAGUCAGAACAUAGACUUUGAAUUAACCAAUUUGUUCAACAAAAACACUCAGAAUCAUUUAGGCCAACUGUUGGUUUAUCCGCUCCAUUUCAAAUUCCGUGCUAUUCGAAGUUUGCGUUCAUAUAGGUUGUAAACCAACUCUGAAUUUUUAUUGUUUCCCUUAUUAUGCUUCGAUGAACGUAGUUCGCUGUUGUAUAGGUCGCGAUGAUUUUUUUUCACGAAAAGUCUUAUAAAAAUUGUUCAGGC